AUGGCGAAAGGCGACGAUGCUUUGGCGAGGAAGAAGAACAAAUCGACGAGGAAGAAGAUGAAUCGAAAGAACGAUUCCGCCACCGUUUCUACUCGCAUCGCUUCCAUUAUCGCCGCCAAGAAACGCCGCAAGUCUGGCAAACGCAGUAUGUGCCAGGGAAUGUGCUUUAGCCUUCCUACACCUGAAGAUCCCUUCAAUGAAAGGCAGGGUAAAGUGGACAUUACCAAAAAGAAGACGAAAAAGGUCAAGACUAGAGAUGCUCUUCACAAAAAGAAGGAAGACAAGAAACCAAAUGUUAUGUCAAUUGACGUUAUUGGCAAGAACAUUGAUGGUCCACUAAAGUUUCUCACGUCGUGUCUCAACAAGAUAGAUAGCUCGUUUCGCAGUGACGGUACUUACACUGAUGAUCAGCAUGACAAGUAUUUGUUCACUAGCACUUGGGGAAUUGAGUUCUGGAAAUGUUUUUGGUCUGGAAAAGACAUUCUUGAGACUAGUGGGACAUCUUCCACCAUGGAACAGAUUGCUUGGAUUGUCUCAACCGCUACAGAUGCUAUUGCUAGACGGGAGAAAGAAGAGCCGGAGGAGUCAUUUAGAAACAGCCCUUAUCUCUUAUUCCUUGUACCAUCUCCGUCCAGAGCAUCCAAGGUCCGAUCAGUUUGCAAGGCACUGAAAGGUCUUGGAAUUCACGCAGUGAGCUUACACCAAGGAGCGUCACUAGAUCAUCAGAUUGCUGGAUUGAAAAGCUGUGAACCUGAGUUUCUAGUUUCUACACCUGAGAGACUUUUAGAGAUUGUUACCUUGAAGGGCGUUGAUAUAUCAGGCGUUUCAUUGCUGGUCAUUGAUGAACUAGGUUCACUUUGCACUGCUGGUUAUCUAGAUGCGGUGAAAUCCAUUAAGCAGAGCAUUUCCAGCAAACACCAAUCGAUAGUUUUCAACGACAGUUUUAGCGCUUCCAACAUUCCGGCAGUCCGGAGUCUUUUAGGGGAAUCAAUUAGCAGAAUUUCGCUCAGUGAUUCCGUUGCCAGCCAAGGCUCUUGUAUUAUCCAGACUGUAAAUGUCUGCUCUUCGGAGGAACAAAAGCUGCACAAGUUUGCUGAGAUUCUGGAUUCAUCUUCUUCAAAGCUAAUAUACAUUGUUACAAAGGAGGAAAGUUUCAGAAAGUUCAAGGCUCUACUUAAACUCAAGGGUCACUCUGUUUCAGCCUCAGAGGUCAAAAAGAGCCGGAAGCCAAUGGCACGCUUGAUUGAUAUCGAGCAGUUGGAUACUACAGUUAUGAGGGACUUUGAAACCGUUCUACUUCCAGAUUUUGUUCCAUCAAUUGAUACAUAUAUCCAGAUUCUGACAAGUAUGGCUAGAGACAGCGUCCAUGGUGUACUUCACAGCUUUUUAACACAAAAAGUUGCGGCGUCCUAUCCGGCUGGACCAUUGGUGAAUGUCCUGGAGGAUUGUGGCCAGAACGUGCCCGAAGCUUGGAGGAAUAUGUAUUCUUCUGUCUGA